AUGGAGUUGACCAAAGUUAUAAGAAUUGGACAUUUCACGGAGAACCUUGACAAGCAACUACUAAUGCUAGUAGAAAUGUGGAAGAAGAUGAUGAACAUAAUAGGCGAUGUUGGAUCCAAUCCUUAUGAUUUCGCCAAUGUGAUUGGCGAUGGAGAUCAACCCUUGUACCCUGGUUGUAAAUUGUUGAUACUUCAAGGAGAAUUGCUUCCAGAAGGAAAUACAAUACCUUCCUCUAUGUAUGAGGCAAAAAAGACUUUGUGUGCAUUGGGGCUGAGUUAUGAGAAAAUCCACGCAUGCCCCAAUGAUUGCAUAUUGUAUAGGAAGGAGUAUGAACAUUCAACUCAUUGUCCUACUUGUGGAAUCUCAAGAUGGAAGGAAGACAAAGAUUCAAUCUUGAAAAAAGGUGUCCCAGCAAAGGUAGUGUGGUAUUUUCCACCAAUUCCAAGAUUUAAAAGGAUGUUUCAAUCACACAAGACUGCUAAGAGUUUGACUUGGCAUGCUGAUAGAAAAGCAAUUGAAGGUUAG